AUGGUCAACGCAGCCAUUCCCCUCAGGCCACUUCAUCUACGCAUUCUCUUUCCUUAUAUCUUGACUCUAUCGAAAACAGAUCCCAGGCGAAUCAAUGCACCUCCCGACAUCACUGGCUCGAAAGAGAUAGAUCUAGAACUCUACACUUACAUUGCUCUCCUUGUCCGGGAUUUCAUCAAUCCAUGGUAUCGUCUGGUGACAAAUGACGAGGACCUUUCCACAGAGAUUGUCAAUAUAUUAACGCAUGUUAUCCAAGAACUCCAAAAAAGAUGUCGUGAUGUGGUAGACUGGUCUGAGCUCAUACUAAUAAGUGCACCGAAUCUAUUGACACUUCACUACCGAGACUAUCGACAAGUCAAGGAAAGACUAUACACGGGCCAUGCCGGUGGAGCCCAUUCUAUCGAAGACUUAUUUCAUGGCAUGCAACCUCAUUUUGCUCUCCAAUCUAAUGCAGCACACGAAGCAGAAUAUCUUCGGGUAUUAACUGACCACAUCUUAGAACGGGUGCUUAAACCAUCGGAUUAUGGUAGUGACGGUGUGAGACAUCUAGUCAGAGAGAUUAUUGCGCAUAUGGUUCUUGCAAGUAUAGUAGAAUCACUAUCAGAUCCAUACACUAUACAUCUGAUUAUUUGUAAGCUAUUAGUGGGGUUUGAUCCCCUGGUUGAUGCAUUGGAAGCAACCGGAAUGUUCAGUGAUCCGUAUGAAGAUCAACAGAAGCACAGUGGACCACCUUCUCCAGUAUUAACCCAUCUUCAGUCAGCCCUGAAAGAAGCACAGAUGACAGAUCUUGCCAAGGGAACCAAAGAAAGCACUGUACCAGUCAGUGUUCCAGAUCGCAUAGCUGAGACAGAUGAUUUAGCUAGACAACUCCAACGGCUGCAAGAGAAGCGUCGGCUACAAGGAGAUGAGUCAGUCGAGGCAGAAUUGGAAGAGGAAGGGAUAGAGGGAACACCACAAAAGAGACGCCAUUUUUCAUUUGGAUACAUUACUCUUCAAGUAGUCCUGGCUCCUUUCAGAGCAUUUUGGGUUUACAUCAUGGCUGCCUUGACACAUUCUCAGGAACGAUACCACCAACUCACACAACACAAACAGCGAACACGACGUAUAAGGUUGGUCGAGCCUGUGAUGCAGUUUUUGCGGGUUGCAUUUCUAGUAGAGCACCGAGUGGUUUUAGAGUGGAUGUGGCAAAUGGUUUCAAUGUUCAUAUGGCCUCUACUACGAAUGUUUGGAGUAGGCGUGUUGGUUGAUAAAUUUCUUGAACAAACCAUUCUUCAUUUUCUAAGUGAGGAUCAUCUUGUGUUCUAUCUUCAACUUGGCCGUGAUCUUUUGUGGUCCAACGGUAUUUUUAUACAAAGAGCAGAACCUACCACCCCACUUGAGGAAGAACAGAUGCGAAUUCGUGCAGAGCGUCUUUUAUUGGUAUCUCUUCCAGCUAGUGUUAGAAUGACACUCUUUGAUACCAAUGAUCUCAAGAAGUUGGAAAAUCAUAUGCACGAGGUUCUUGAGCCCCUUCAAAACAAGUACAUUAACAAGCACUUGAUGUAUCUUUUGGUUGAUCUAGUUGCAUCAAGGCUCAUUCCAGAACUAUUGGAAAAGAAUCAUACGAGCAAUUUGUAGCACAAUGCAAACACCUAUAAUCAAUUUGUGAUAUGAAAAUAAACUUUACGUGUAUCCUAAUAUAAAUUGAAACACUUGCAUCAAUAUGGGAGAAAAUAUAUGUAUAUUUAUAUGUAUAUGUAGUUAGAACUGCAUAUUUGAAUAGAAUAAAACUAGUUUCUUCU